UUCAAAUGGUGGUUGUUGGCCUACCAUAACCUAUCAUUUGCACCCAAAAUUCAAAUACUUUAACAGGAUUUGCACUGGGAAUCAAACUCGUCUGUAUUGAUUAUCAGAACCACUGAACCAAUACCGAAUUCCCUUCGAUUUAAACAUUACCGCCCCAGAAUCCUUCGCCGGAAGAGCAGCAUAGUUACCCAUCUCAGGUAGGAAUUCAGAAUGCCACUCGUGUAUGCCCGUCGUAGAAAGCAGAACUGACCACCUUUUUCAUGGUUGCCCACUUGCCCCAGAUUCCUUUCAGUUUACUCGAAAUUAUGAUGGAGCACGCCACGCACCAACCUUGGUAAAAAAUGUGAAACUUCGCAACCGUUGGAUUCUGAAUAAGAUGGUGUUUGAUACGCUUUCUGGAUUUUGAUCUUACGGCAACGGGAGAAGAUAUUCUAGUGAUUCGUGUUUGUCGAAACACAACAUCAGAAGGACAUCGGUUGAACGACUUGCAUCUGCUGAUCUGCGCAAACAGAGCAGGAAGCCCGGAGACAGAAAAACACGAGGAUGUGAUGUCAGGGGCGCUUUUCCGCUUCAGGAUUUCGAGAAAAGUAGAAGGAGCAUUUAAACGGAAUCCACCGUAAUCGUUGAUCCGUCAAAUCAAACAGUGCUGUGCCGGUUUUAAAAUUUGAAAACGUAAAGAUUUGUGGUUCGGUGAAAAAACCAAGUUUAUCGCCGGCCGCGCGAGCUGCUUUUAGUGGUUCGGUCGUGAGCUCCGGGCUACUCUCAGCGACUCAGUGGCUCUGUCGCGAGAUACUUCUGUUACUUGUGGACUGGACACUCCAUUUAUUUGGUGACAAAGACUGACAAUGGACGUUCUUUCAUUUCUACAUGGCUGCUAUCAGGAGAUUUGAAAAGCUGCACCAAACUAUGAAAGGUAAAAUUGAAGGUGUUGGAAAUCAUGCCAACAAAGAUCUUGAAGAGAAAUCCGGUGUUGAUCAAUUGCAAGGGGGGCGGCUCAUGUUAGGGGAUGUUGUGUUGGUUGAAAUGCAUCAUGGUUUUUGGUGGCCUGCACAGGUUUUUGACGAGAAAGCUGUGAGUGGAAGUUGUAAGAAGACCAACAAUAAAUUACCGGGUGAAGUUCUUGUUCGACUCUAUGGAAGCUAUGAUUACAUGUACGUCGACUCUGUUAGAUGCCGUUCUGAGUUUGAGAAUAUUCUCAAGCAAAAUAAUGGAAGUUGCAGGGAAGCAUUCCAGAAAGCACUUGAACAUGUUCUUUCUCCUGUCAAAUCUUGUAAAUCAGAGAAGCAAAAUCAUAAAGAGACUAAAGGUGAGCAUGUAAAGGUUAAACCAUCCAAAGCUGAACAGCCAAUGCAAGAAGCAAUCAGAAAAAAUCAAGGAGCAGAACGUACGAGUCAUAUACAGGUUACGUUGGGGAGACAUCUAGGUAAAAGGGUUCGGGAAACAAAAGCAAAAAAAACUGAUCAUGUUGCAGGAAAGUCGAAAGAUAAAACUUCUGCAAGGGCUGCCCCAAGAGGACUACAGGUUGUAACUUCACAAACAAAAACAAAAUGUGGGGAUUUCACCGCAGAAAAGGCUGAGGAAGCUUCUAAAACCAGAACCCAAAAAGAUGUUCGGAAAAAACUUAAGACAAAUAGCACCAGCCCUGAAAAGAACCCAUUAGAUAUAUCAAAAGAAUCGAGUGCACGGCGGGUGAGAGUGAUGCAGAAUCUUGGUCUUAUAGCUCCCUGUGGCUCUCCAUUCUUUAGGAAUGGACUCAUGUCAUCGUGUGGGUGAUUUUGCACAAAAGAAUUCUUUCCUUGGUGUUGCGGUUCCCAUGUUAAUACUACAAUUGACCAAAUGGGAUGCCCUUGGGUUAAAAUAUUUUUCAAGCAAGUUGCCCUGAAUCACCGUCAAUUUUGCCUGCCUUUGAUGUUUUUACCGUCAGGGUGCUGUUUUUGAGCAGUCUUUGCUGAAUGUGUCUGUCAUCUGAAGAAUUUAGUGAGCAACUAUUAUGGUUCAUUUUUUGCUAAAAACAUGAAGUUAUGAAUCAAUUGGAAAAUGUAUAAAUGUUUUC